CAUCAGCUGCUUGGUUCAACUUGUCUUCAUACAACAUAAACUAGCUACACCACUACAAUGUCCAACAUUAAGCUAGGACAGUACACCAUCAUUAAAACCAUUGGCACUGGCUCAUUCGGCAAAGUCAAACUGGCUGUCCAUGGCAUUACAGGUCAAAAAGUAGCACUUAAAUUUAUCAAUAAGAAAAAGAUUGCGAGUAUGGAUCUCGGCGGACGAGUCAAACGUGAAAUUCAAUAUUUAAAACUAUUGCGGCAUCCACAUAUCAUCAAGCUAUAUGAAGUUAUCUCCACGCCAACGGAUAUCAUCAUGGUCAUUGAAUAUGCGGGAGGAGAGUUGUUUAACUACAUUGUGGAAAAAGGCCGGAUGGCUGAAGAUGAUGCACGUCGAUUCUUUCAACAAAUUAUAUGUGCCGUGGAGUACUGUCAUCGACACAAAAUUGUCCACCGAGAUCUUAAGCCGGAAAAUUUGCUUUUGGACGCCAACAACAAUGUAAAAAUUGCAGAUUUUGGUCUAUCGAAUAUCAUGACGGAUGGUGACUUUUUGAAAACGAGCUGUGGCAGCCCGAAUUAUGCUGCGCCAGAAGUGAUUUCUGGGCGCUUGUAUGCAGGUCCGGAAGUGGAUGUAUGGAGUUGUGGCGUGAUUCUCUAUGUAAUGCUAUGUGGACGAUUACCAUUUGAUGACGAGUACAUUCCAACGUUAUUUAAAAAGAUCAAUGGUGGUAUCUAUACUAUGCCUUCGUUUUUGAGUCCAGAGACAAAGUAUCUUUUGACAUCCAUGCUAGUCGUGGAUCCGAUGAAGCGAAUCACUAUUCAGGAAAUAAGACAAAAUCCGUGGUUCAAUGCCAACUUGCCUGCAUAUCUAUGUCCGCUUCCACAUACCGAAGAAGAGCUGUGUCAUCCUAUUGAUGAUAGAAUAGCUCAGGAGCUGGCUGAGAAAAUGGGAUAUCCGGAUGAGAAAAUACAUCAAGCAUUGGAAGCACCUGGAAACAAUCAGUUCAAGGUCGCAUACCAGCUUGUCAUUGAUCAUAAAAGAAUGCUUAAGGAUUCAGCGGAGCAUAGUAAUAUUCAAAGCUUCUUCGCAACAUCUCCACCGCCAUGGAACACCACAUUUAAUCAGGACGACCUAGAUAGGCGAAAUACGGAUGGUGCAGAGGAUGCCGCAUCAUCUAUCUCAGUACUCAGCUCAAGUUUACCAAAAUACGAAGAAAGCAUGUCAACACGUCCACGCUCAUCUUCACGAGCAUCCAUGAUGGCAGGAGGACAGCCUAUCGCGCCAAUAGUGGGUACGCCACCACCAGGAGCGAUGGCACCUGUUUCCCCGGCACCGCGAGACUUUGGAUCUGGACGAAGACCAUCACAACAUCGACUAUCAGCACAACAACAGCAGAAUAUGCUUCCAGGCAGCAGCAAUCGAAGGUCACACAAGCCCCGAUCCAAAUGGCAUUUUGGCAUUCGAAGCAGAUGUCCUGUUUGGGAAGUGAUGCUGGAAAUAUAUCGCUCACUACAGAACGUAGGCAUUGAAUGGCGCGUCAUUGAUUUAUACCAUACCCGUUGCCGGUACCGAUACGAGUCAGUAGGCCUUGUUGUCAAGUUUGAUCUGCAGCUAUACAAACUCGGUAACAACAGCUUCUUAGUGGAUUUCAAGAACGUGGCUACAACAUCAUUGAACGGAGACAAACAACAAAAAUCAUCACCCUCACAAGAACAGCCGAUACAACAAAGUCGUAACAGCAGUAACAGCAGCAAUGAUAACAUCAGUAAUAUGAGUCCAAUAUCAGCGGAACACGGCGACCCAUUUGGAGUACUGCAGGGCGAAUUGGCGCAAAAUUUGGACAAACUCCAAUUGAAUGAAAACGAACAAGCAGAUCUGUCAAGUUGGCAAAAUAAUGUCAAUGUUGCCAAGAUAAAUGAAGAGGUGGCGCAAGCAGCAUCACGAGAGAGUAUUUUGAGCGUGUAUCCUUUCCUUGAUAUAUGCAGUAAAGUGAUCACCGAUAUUGUGUAGUCCAAGCUGUAUUAUUAACUUUAUCCGUCUCCAACCUUUACUUAUUGGCAAUAAAUAAGCUUCUGUAAAUAUAAAAAUGCAGUUGUUUGUGUGUGUGUGUAUAUCAUUGCUCUUGUACUGCUG